CGCUGAACACAGGCUCUGCAAGGAAACUACCUGAUCUUUCAUCUUCUAAAGUGGAAGAGUGCUAUUUGGCAGAAUUUUGAGUCAAGCAAGGUUCUUGGUUCCUAUGUGUCAUCUUUAACUGAGAUGCCCAGGAGGCUGAGGCAAGAGCAUGGCAAGUUUUCGGCCAACCUGGACAACUUAGCAAGACCCUGUCCAAAAAACAAAACAAGCCAGCUCAUAAGGAGAAGAUCAUAACCACUAAUGCCAUUGAAUGCCUUUAAUCCCACUUGAGAGGAACUCCCUGGCCUCAUCCCCUCCUCAAGGUGAUGUUCUUACUGUUGUCAUGUGAAUCUCCAUAAUGAAUGGAUCCAGUAUGGCAAAUACAUCACCCAGUGUGAAAUGCAAAGAGGACCAGGAGUUACAUGGACAUGAGGAAAAGGAAAACCCAUUUGCAGAAUACAUGUGGAUGGAGAAUGAAGAGGAUUUCAAUAGACAGGUGGAGGAAGAGCUGCAGGAGCAAGACUUCUUGGACCGCUGCUUCCAGGAGAUGUUGGAUGAAGAGGACCAGGACUGGUUCAUCCCAGCACGAGACCUGCCUCAGACUGUGGGACACUUACAGCAGCAGUUAAAUGGACUGUCAGUCAGCGACAGUCAUGAAUCUGAAGACAUUUUGAGCAAAAGUAACCUGAAUCCAGAUGCCAAGGAGUUUAUUCCAGGAGUGAAGUACUGAACUGUUGGAAGCUUCCAGAAGGACUUGUUUUGUCCCCAUACCUGGGGCCAGCAAUGUACAAAAAGGCAGAGCUGAAGGGGGGUGGCAAGGGUGUGCAGCCAGGGAGGGUUGGGUUGGGAAGGUGGCUUAACUGGAUACUGUGACUCUGAGUAACUAAUGUGCGAGAUACUACUCUCCAAGCCCUCUGAGCAUGGCUCUUCUGUUCUGCUGACUUGUUCAGAGCAGUUUCCCCUUUUAUUUUAUUUUUGAUGAUCUUUUUGGAGUUAAGGAACUGCAAUUGUUUUUCUCUUGUGAGGUAUGUUCUGUCUACAUUCAAGCAAAAUAAGCUGACCAAGGAAAACAGUAUUUAAGAAAUAAUCUUUCCUGCUGUAUACCUACCAGAAGCAAGGCAUCUGGAGAGCUUAAGGAGUUUGCAGCUGGAUGGUAAGAGGGAAAAACAGAGCAGGAGAUGUAAACCAGAUGCAACACUCAGCUCCUCAACCCCUGACAUUUCCAUGAUGAACUGGAGUACCAGUGGCCCACAAAGCCCUUGUCUCCUGGCCUGAACUCUACUCAAGAAAACACAGAUUUGAAAGUUCUUGAAUGAAUAAACUUUGGAUGGAUGCAAGUUGUACAUCAGAAGAGCAGGGCUUAAUGGUGGCUGUCAUUUAGUUGCUGCUUGCCUGAUGUUGAGCAUACGUGUAGCUACUGUCAUUCAUCAGUUACCGGUAAAGGUCACAUAGGGUUGCUUUGCCUUCAUGGUCCUCAUGGGGCUACUCCUGGCUUCUUUCCCUCACAGUUCUAAAAGACACUGCUACCCAAAGUCUGAGAUGGGCCUUUCGUUGGAAUAGUUGCAUCUUGAAUCUUUUUGGACAGUUUUGGUUUAGUUUUCCUUAGUCCCAUCAAUAUUCUGCUCUUACAGUGUCUUAAUUCCCUCAAAUAUUUCUGUAUUUUUUCCAAGAAAAUACAUUUUCCAAACACUAGCAAGCUGCUCAGUUCAGUUUGGGUGCUUCUCCUGUCUUUCAGAGUGUUCCCAGAAACUAAGCUACUGAAGGAUCCUGCCUGAGAACACAACUAAGCUUCUUGAAGCUGUAAACUUUUUUUUGUUUCCUCAUGGGCCUGGCUAGGUGCAGUCCUGGUUCUAUUGCUACUCUGUAGAACUGAAUUCCACUGGGAUCUGCUGUUGUGAGUAGUGGUGAAGGUGGUAGUGUUGAGGGUGAAAGUGUCCUGUCCUUUUCAUGCUCCCAGGACAAGGGAUUUGGAGAGGCCUGAGAGUGCUGUGGCAUCUGUGUGGCUGUCACUGUGCUGUGUUAGGUCUGGAAAGAUCAUGUAGCUUCCAGUCUGUCAGUUCAGCAUGUGAAUGUUGGCAGAGACUGGAAGAAAGGCCUGGAGUCUAGAAAGUUGAAACGUUUUCCCUUUUUCAUGGUGCCAGGGAUGGAACCCAGGGUCCACUUGUGCCACGUUAGUCCUACCCCAUGAGCUGUUCUCAACUCUCCCUUGUUGGCUUGUAGACAGCCCCAGCAGUUAAACACGGAAGUUCCCUGUUUUUUCUGUUAAAAGUCUCAUAGGAUAGCAUCUUGUGAAAGUGGUCUUCCCUCUUAGGUCACAUCAUAGUGAGUAGCUCAGGGAACUUGUGUGGCCAGAUACACAUUGACUCCCAAAGCCUCUCCCUCAAGAGAAUGAAACUAGGAACUCCUAGUCCUCUGAGAGGAAUUUAUUCCUGCUUUAGCUUGUAGUUUGACUUGCCACUUCUAAUAAGGAAAAGGGUAUGGGUAGGGCAUGCUGCAGUCUCCAUGAGGCUGUUGGAAUUAAGAAUGUAUCAGGAUUGCAGGAAGAUCCUUGAGAAUCUCCACCUGCAUAUAGUGUACCCUUCUCUGAGUCCCUGGCUGGGAAGCCCUCACGAGCCUGAGGAGGUGUUGUUCCAUCCUAAAAUUUUGCUGUUUGGAAACCAAACUGCUAAGUCUGAUCCAAGAGGCCUACCUCCCCUCCUGCUGUGCUGGCUCAUUUUACUUGGAUAUCAGUCUCUGGCCUGGUUUUGAGGGUACAUUUGGUUAAUACUACUAAAAUGCUGUCAGUGUACCUAGAAACAAGUGCUGGUGAUCCACCUCAGAGGCAACAUGAUGACUCCAGGCUUGGGAUAUAGCCAGUAAGGUAAUGUGUAAAAUGACUUAUUCCUAUGGCACAACUCUUCUAUUAUCUAAUGUUGUGAGGUAGCAUAAUUGUGCCCCAGACUAUAGACUUAGCCUUAGAGUUUGCCAACUUAGCAGAGGAGAGGAGUUUUGGAGUUUUUUUGUUUGUUUGUUUUGUGUGUGUGUUUCCCCUUGAGAAUUUAUAUAGCAAUAGAAAAUGUUAUUACUACUUGCUGGUCUGGCUGGCCCCAGUCUUUAUUUCUUUAUGACUGAGUUAUAAUUGUGAUUAUUUGACUCUAUAACUUUUCUGUGUGAGGGGAUGGAUAGAGGGAUAUCUCUUCAGGCAUUUUGGACUGCAUAAGAAAUUGUGGAGGUAGCCACAGCCUGGGUACAGUAGCUCAGGGUCUGGGGCCAGUUUCUAUCUAUAGUGUACCUGACUUUUGGUUAUAAGCAAGCCAGAAAAUAGUCUAAAGAUUGGAUCAUUUUUAUUGGAUCCAGGACCUCACAUGUGCUAUGCAAGCACUACACCAAGCUGCAUUCCAGGCCUGUGAGAGGCUGGGUCUUGGUAGCACCCCUAUUUCUAAAGUCACAAGAGCUGUGAUUACUUCAUUAAGAUUAUAAGGCUAACCAUGGCCUAAAAAUAAAUGUUUCUAGUGAACUACUUAAGUAUCCUUCAUAUUAUUGUUAUAUCAAGGGUUUGUUUUGACUUUAGAGAGACUACUAAGAUGCAGGUAAACAGCUCUUCAAGUCAGCAUCUUCAGUGAGUCAGCUGGGAAAGGGGAACAGCCAGAGUGACCCUCUUGAUUGGGGCUGUGGUAGAUGAGCUUGUGACUGCCUGGCUUCCUGAAUUUGUCCCCUAUUGUUAAAGGGGACAGGCCUCUGCAGUAUGAGUCUUGGUAUUACAUGCUAUUAGUCUAGGUUUAUAAAAUGCCAAGGAUAGAACCCAGAGGUCUGACAAACUUGACCUACCUGGUGGAAAAGCUUAUCCUAGCCGCUCUUCUCUGGGAGAGUAGGGGUGGGAGGCAUUAGUUUUGUCAAGUAGAGAAAGCAGAAAGGAUGCUGUGAAACAGGGACCAAGUGAUCUGUCCAUCCACAACUGGUCAGUCCUGGGACAGCUCAGUGCAGUAGGUGUGAGUACAUCCCAACGUCCGUUCUGCUACAUGGAGGAUGUCCACCAAGACUUACACAGUCGAAAUCUGGAAGGAAGUGGGGUUCUUUUUCACAUGUUUAAUCUUCCAAGAAGCUGCCGGUAGUGAUGGGAACAGAGCAGGAAUCUGUCCAGGGAAACAUUAGACUGCAUAUGACCUGCCCUCAUCACCGUCACACUCCUAGACCCCAGAAGUUUUUUUCCUCGGAGUCGGGAUUAAAACAUAAGACACUUGCUAUCGUCAACAUGUCAGGCUUAGGAGCCACAUUUCCUUUCCUGUUCUUGGGGAGGAGGAAAUUCAAAGGAUGGGUUUCUUUUUUCUUUUUAUGUAAAAACCUUCCUACAUUUUUGUUGCUAAAAGUAUAAAUGGAAAAUUUGCUGAGUUUUCCUCUCCAAAUUUACCUUACUGUAUUUUAAAAUGAAUAAACAUUCCAGGUUACUUAAUACUA